GGCGCGCGCGAUGGGCGCCCUUUGGCUGCGGGAGCGAGUGGAGGAUGCUGGGAAGGAGGUAAAAUGGCCACCGGCGGCGGCGCGGAGGAGGAGAGGAAGCGGGGCCGGCCGCAGCUUCUGCCCCCCGCGCGGCCCGCGGCCCGGAGCGAGGACGCCGAGGGCACGCGCGAGAAGAUGGGCUGGGCCCAGGUGGUGAAGAACCUGGCCGAGAAGAAGGGCGAGUUCCGCGAAUCGCGGGCGCCGCGGCGCGAGGAAGAAGGCGGCGGCAACGCGGGAGGCGGACUCAGCGCUCCCGCGGGCCUGGCGACGCCGGGCCUAGGCGACUUCCCCCCGGCCGGUCGCGGGGACCCGAAAGGCCGCCGGAGAGACCCGGCGGGGGAGGCGGCCGACCCCCGCAAGAAGAAGGGCGCAGCCGAGCCGGGCAGAAGGAAGAAGGCCGAGGCGGGGGCGGCCAUGGCGGUCCCCGCCAGGCCCGGCGCGGCGGAGGACGCGGCCGAGCGGCCCCUCCAGGAUGAGCAGGCGGCGGUCGCGGGCCCGGGCAAAGGUCGCUUCCUCGUGCGCAUCUGUUUCCAGGGUGACGAGGGCUCCUGCCCGACCCGGGACUUCGUAGUGGGCGCGCUCAUCCUGCGCUCCAUCGGCAUGGACCCGAGCGACAUCUACGCGGUCAUCCAGAUCCCCGGCAGCCGCGAGUUCGACGUGAGCUUCCGCUCGGCGGAGAAGCUGGCCCUGUUCCUCCGCGUCUACGAGGAGAAGCGCGAGCAGGAGGACUGCUGGGAGAACUUUGUGGUGCUGGGGCGGAGCAAGUCCAGCCUGAAAACGCUCUUCAUCCUCUUCCGGAACGAGACGGUGGACGUGGAGGACAUCGUGACCUGGCUCAAGCGCCACUGCGACGUGCUGGCGGUGCCCGUGAAAGUGACCGACAGGUUUGGGAUCUGGACCGGGGAAUACAAGUGCGAGAUCGAGCUGCGCCAGGGGGAGGGCGGGGUCAGGCACCUGCCGGGGGCUUUCUUCCUGGGGGCCGAGAGGGGGUACAGCUGGUACAAGGGGCAACCCAAGACGUGCUUCAAGUGUGGUUCCCGCACCCACAUGAGCGGCAGCUGCACGCAGGACAGGUGUUUCAGGUGUGGGGAAGAGGGACACCUGAGCCCUUACUGCCGGAAGGGCAUCGUGUGCAACCUCUGUGGCAAGCGGGGACACGCCUUUGCCCAGUGUCCCAAAGCAGUUCACAAUGCCGUGGCGGCUCAGCUAACCGGCGUGGCGGGGCACUGAACGCCCGCCCGCUCGCCUGCCUGCCAGGGUGAACACACAGCCAGCUUACCCCUCUUAAGUGCCAAAACUUUUUUUUAAACCAUUUUUUAUCGUUUUUGAAGGAGAUCUUUUUAAAACCUACCAGAGACAUCUCUCUAUGCCUUCUUAAACCGAGUUUACUCCAUUUCAGGCUGUUCUGAAUUGGUGGCUCUUACCAGAAAUGUAGCGUGCAGAUAUGUCGCCCCCACCCCCUUUUUUUAAAUUUAUUUUCAUUUUUGUAUUUGAAGGUUUUUUUUAAUUCCUUUUUUUUUCCAUUUGUUUUUUGGGUUUUGUUUUGUUUUUUUCUUGUACAUUUUACUGGCCCCUCCCCAUACCUUUUUUUCUCCCCGGAUUUUUACCCUUCGGGCUGCCUUUGCCCAUCUUUAUGCCCCAGCAUCAGGUGCGGGGCCCAACACCGGUAGGCGCUCCAUCAGUGUUUGUUGAAUUGAAAACAUUGUUGACCAUGGCUUCUGUCAGAGUGUCUACCUUCUGCAGCUCUCCCUCGUCCCCUUUUUAAUUUGCUGCUUCUAAUCUCUGUGGUCUGAGAAUUUGUGGAACCAGUGUUGUUAGAAGUGUAUAUAAUCUGAACCAAUAAGCUCUGAAUGGUGGCUGAGGGCCUCUCUUAUGGCAUAAAAAUGCAUGGACUUUGUGGCAGCUCUUCUGGUGGCUCAGAAACCAUUUUUCAUAGAAUCAUGGAAUCUAGAAUUUUUCCUACUUGGAAAGGACCUCAGAGUUGGUUUAGACCAAUUCCUUGGUUUUUCAGCAGAUGAAACAUACCCAUGAAGAUUAAAUGACUGGGUCAAAGUUGCAUAGCUGUCUGGUGCCAGAGCCAGCCCAUAGUAGAGUCCCCCGACCCCAAGCCCGGUGCUCAUCCCACUACCUCUCACACUUCACAACAAUUUCCUCAACACUUGAGGGCCCAGAAAGUCUGAUCUCUCCACAGUGACAAACCCAGAGCAAAGCUGAGCAAUCUGGGGGAGGGAACAGAAAGAGAAGGUUUGGCAGGGUUUUUGGAAUAUUUGGAAGAUAGGGAAGGGACCAAGGCACAAACUCCACGGUGUAUUCAUUGCUCCCUGGAGGGUCAUAUCUGAAUUAAAUGUGCCAGGUCCUUUGGAAGCCUCCUCCUUCCUCAUUCAUUGACACCAGUGAGAAACGGGGGUGCCCCUGAGUAAAGACACCUACCAAAGGUUUACAUUUGCACCUUAGCCUCAGUAGCUAGGAACCCUACAGAAGGAGCUAGCUGGAGCUCAUCUGCAACCUCCUGACCCUCAGGAGAAAGGCGGUUUACCAGUUAUGAGUGAGCUGUUAACUGUAAAGCGUACUUGGGAGAUAGGCCAAGCAAGAGGGCAUGGGCCAACUAAGUGUUAUCAAGUUGAAGUAGAAAAGACAAUACACUGCUUUUUAGUUUUUGUCUUCUUUUGCUAUAUGUUUUGCUAUUUCCUUGUGGCUUAGAAUGUAAAAUCAAUUGUUAAAAAGUUUUGUUCUAAAUAAAUAUUUAUCUUUUGUAUUGCUA